AUACUAAAACUAGAUUGCUGGUAAAAUAUCUCAAAGAUACUAAAGAAGUUUUAUGGAAAAAAUUUAGUUAUCAAUUACCAAACAAUAUUAAAUAUACAACUUUUAUAAAACUUUUGCAAGGAAAACAAUAUAUCUAUCAAGAAAAUCUUGGUGGUCUUUGCUCAACUUGUAAUCGCUAUAGCUAUGAAGUUUUUGCCGAAAUAAGUCGAUUUGUUGAAACAAAUAUUCAAGACAGUAAUAUUCAAGUAAAUAAUUUAUAUACCUUAUAA